AUGUUGGGGGAACUGUACGAUUUCCUGGCCAGGCCCAGUGAAACCAGAGAAGGUUAUCAGUAUCUGCCCUUCCACGGUGCCUUAGGGCCAAUGAUAAUUGGCAAUGUAUUUUUUGUCUUCUUCGCUUUUCGAUUGGGACCAUGGCUAAUGCGGAAUCGGGAACCAUUCAAUCUCAAGCGAGUUAUAAUGGCAUAUAAUAUCGUACAAAUCUUCUUCAACGGCCUUAUGAUAGGAUUGAGUGCUUAUCUAAUAACGACUUAUGUGAAAGAGAGCAAUGGUCUGGGCUGCAUCGAGCAACUAGGUUAUGAUCAUCCAACGAAAAAUUUCGAAAUAUUUUGUGGACUUUUAUAUCUUUUCAACAAAUAUCUCGACUAUUUGGAGACAUUAUUUUUCAUAAUGCGAAAGAGUUACAAACAAGUUACAAUAUUACAUGUCUAUCAUCACAUUAUGAUGACGACUUUCGUUUUCCUUUACAUACGUAUACAAGGUUCCGGCGGUCAUUCGUCGACCAUUGCAAUGCUCAACACUGUCGUGCAUACAGUUAUGUACGUGUAUUAUCUUCUGAGUUCGAUAGAUCCAAAAUGGAAGAAAUCUUUGUGGUGGAAAAAAUAUAUUACCCAAAUGCAAAUCGUACAAUUCUUUAUUGAUUUUAUCCAUCAACUUUGGCCAUUGGCGAUAGCGCGCAAUUGUGAUAUAGAGAAAUCGUGGAGUUAUAUAGCUUUAACACAAGCAACAGUUAUGAUUUAUAUGUUCGGUAAAUUCUAUAUUAAUAGUUAUAUAAGAUCGCCAAAGCCUAAGAAAGUGGCUGAGAAGAAAAUGUAAUUUACAGAGAUAUUCCUGAUGAAGUAAGUUUCAAAUAUUAAUAUUAGUGUUGUUAUAUAAUUGGCCCUUUGUGAUAUUGAAAAUUAUUAAUUUUAAAAUUUUUAAAUCA